AUGUUGGCUCCAAUAGUAACAAAAGAUAUGAAAUUAUUUCCUUCACAGCCAUUACCGGCACGAAUUAAAAAUGUCCGUUCUAGAGCCCAAAGUUUGCAAGAUUUUGCUAAUGGAAAUGCAAUACACGUGACUUCCUCGUCAGCAGUUUCUUCAAAUACCCAUUUAGUCAUUACGGCAAAUGCUGCUAGAGCAAGAAAUUCUCAAAGUAUUGGAAGUCUUCCAACAAAUUCAGUUCUCGCUACUUCUUUUCAAAACGCUCAAACAAACAAUGCUGUUAUGGUUAUUCCUUCUGCUAAAACACCUCCAAAAUAUUCUACAAGUUCAGCUUCAUUACGCAAACCAUUGGAUGCAAUUGUUGAAGGCGUUGAAUUAUCUGCUCAAAGUUCUUCAAUUGCCCAAGAUUCAUCAUCUAAAGAUCAAAAAACAACAAAAAUUCAAAAUAAAAAAAUUAAAAGUUCGGAUAUCCAAUCUCCAAGUAAAAGUGAAACAACAAAAACAAUUAAAACUUCAAAACCUUUUACACAUCGAUCAAGUCAUGACGAUGUUUUGUCAUCUUCUAAUAAGACUAAUACAAAAGAAGAAAAGAAAUCAAAGAGAACUCAAAGUGUUGAACGGGAAAGGAAGAAGAAAGGUUGGAAAAUUGAAAUUUUUUUUGUAAAAGGAUUCUUGAGGAUUUUAAUUUCAGAGGGGUGGGAUAAAGUGUCACCUAUAAUUUAGAAGCCUGGUAUUUUUGUCCUGUUAAUGAAUAAUAGUCAGUUAGUUAUCACAGCAAAUGCUGCUUUUAUUUUGAUUUUUAGAUAGAAAAACGUUUCCUCAAAUAAUUUUUUUGUUGGGGGGAAGGGGGUGGAAAAUAAAAAAAUCUUUUCCUUGUUUUUUUUGCAUAUAGUGUCACCCAUAUAUUUAAUAAAAAUUAAAUUUUUAUUACCUUCAAAAAUUUUCGAAAAAAUUUUUUAACUUUUUGCCUAAGUAUCAAAUUAAAAUCCAUUCCCCAUAAGUUGGAUUCGAACCCGCAACCAUUCCUUUACGAAUGCAGCGCUAUCCAACUGCACCACAGACCGUCAAUUGAUUAAGCUAUAUUUUUCCACUUUGUUCC